GAUUGUCUCUGUGAAGCUGGGCAAAGCGUGCAGGAAGCAGGAAUCCGGACUGCUUGUUGCUGCUGCUUCUGCUACUCUUACCUCUACUGCUGCUGAUGGGGAAGUAAAGAGUGGCUGUCUGCAUGAGCUGACAAAGAUGCACAUCAUCCCAGUUCUGACAGCAGGCAUGAUCCCCACCGCCAGGUGAAAGAACAAAACUGCAAAAAAAAAACCCCAAAAAAACAGAUUACAACAGCUCGGAAGUUCAGCUCCACUGCACAAGGGGGUGAAGAGAUUGCAGUCAGCAAAAAAAAAAACAAGAGAGGAGCACUUCACCCCAACCCUUACCCCCUUGUUCCCCCAACCCCCUCCCGAAUCUGUCAGACCCGCGGACCCGGUUCGAGAUGUCAAGGAAAAAGACGCUGAAGAGUAAAAGUCAGACGUCUCCCAGCACCACCUUACCAGCCGGCAGGGGGAAAGAACAAGAGGGGAAAUCACGGAAGAUCAACUCCAGCGGCCAGGCUUUGAUAAACGGAGUGAUCCUGCCUAACAGACCCUCUCUGAGCAACAGCAGCGAGUUCUAUGACCUCGCUUUUAAGGUGAUGUUGGUUGGAGACUCUGGAGUGGGGAAAACCUGUUUACUGGUGCGCUUUAAGGAUGGUGCUUUCCUAGCCGGAAGCUUUAUUUCUACAGUGGGCAUUGACUUCAGGAAUAAAGUAUUAAAUGUGGAUGACGUGAAAGUUAAGCUGCAGAUCUGGGAUACUGCAGGGCAAGAAAGAUUUCGCAGUGUGACUCAUGCUUAUUAUCGAGAUGCCCAUGCUCUUUUGCUGCUAUAUGAUGUCACAAACAAAACAUCAUUUGACAACAUUCAGGCCUGGCUGACAGAGAUUCAUGAAUAUGCAACACAAGACGUGGUAAUCAUGUUGUUGGGUAACAAGGCUGAUGCAACUCAAGAGAGGGCUGUUAAGAAAGAGGCAGGAGAAAAAUUAGCAAAGGAAUACGGAGUGCCCUUUAUGGAAACAAGUGCCAAAACAGGUCUAAAUGUUGAGCUGGCAUUUAUGGCUAUUGCAAAAGAACUGAAACACAGGUCAAUGAAAUCCCCAAACCACCCCAAGUUCAAGCUCCAUGAUUACGUGAACUCGGAAAUGAAAGGCACGGGUUGCUGCAGAUCGUAACUGCCCCAUUCUUUCUGCCGAUACAUUUGUACAAGACUGAUUGGUGUUAAAUUGCCAGGACAGAUCGUCUCAUGGUUCUGCCAUUUUUUUUGUGAAGUUCUUGCAUGUCUGUACUUUGUUGUCUGUACAUUGACAAGUGUUUAUCAGCCAAGAACACCUUGAAUUCAUUUGGGGAGGUGAGUGGGAUAUAAAUGGUGUUAAAUCAGGAUCGAAAGUACGAAACUUGAUUGUUUACAUAAUCUAAAUCUGCUUUUGCUGACUACAGUUUGUAUCAAUAGAUAAACAUACCU